UUACAGCUGGUGUAUAUUUGUUAAUUCGAUUUAAUAUUAUUUUAAGAACUUCUUGGUUAGGACAAUUAUUGUUAUUAUUAUCUGGAUUAACUAUAUUUAUGGCUGGAUUAGGAGCUAAUUUUGAAUUUGAUUUAAAAAAAAUUAUUGCUUUAUCUACUUUAAGUCAAUUAGGUUUAAUAAUAAGAAUUUUGUCUAUAGGAUUUUUUAAAUUAGCUAUAUUUCAUUUAUUAACUCAUGCUUUAUUUAAAGCAUUAUUAUUUAUAUGUGCUGGGGCUAUUAUUCAUAAUAUAAAUAAUUCUCAAGAUAUUCGUUUAAUAGGAGGAUUAAGAAUUCAUAUACCUUUAACUUCAGCUUGUUUUAAUGUGUCUAAUUUAGCUUUAUGUGGUAUACCUUUUUUAGCUGGAUUUUAUUCUAAGGAUAUAAUUUUAGAAAUUGUUAGAAUUAGAAAUGUUAAUAUAUUUUCAUUUUUUUUAUAUUAUUUUUCUACAGGUUUAACUGUUAGAUAUUCAUUUCGAUUAGUUUAUUAUUCAAUAACUGGAGAUUUAAAUUGUGGUAGUUUAAAUAUAUUAAAUGAUGAGAGUUGAAUUAUACUUCGAGGAAUAUUAGGAUUAUUAAUUAUGAGAAUUAUUGGGGGUAGAAUAUUAAAUUGAUUAAUUUUUCCUUUUCCUUAUAUAAUUUGUUUACCUAUUUAUAUAAAAUUAUUAACAUUAUUUGUAUGUAUUGUGGGGGGUGUAUUUGGAUAUUUAAUUUCUCUAAG